AUGUGUGAGUGGAACUUUACCAUGUGAACAGACUGCCGUACACAGCUGUAGGUGGAGCGAAGGAGGCGACAGAACGGCUCUGUCAAGAAGUUUUCGGAGUCCACAUUGUCGUUACUGCAGCGUCUUUGAUUCUAAUAAAAACACGCAAACUACCGAGGAAAGACUGUGUACUCAGAGACGCUUGACCCGGACUCGGACACAGCCAUGGAUGUGGUGUAUGGAUGGGGUCUACCCCCAGUCAACCCAGUCCAAACAGCGAACCCCUACAUAGAGAUCAUCGAGCAGCCCAAGCAGAGGGGCAUGAGGUUUAGGUACAAGUGUGAGGGCCGUUCGGCAGGCAGCAUCCCUGGAGAGAAGAGCAACGACACCACUAAAACCUAUCCAGCCAUCAAGGUGCACAACUACAGCGGCCCCCUGCGGGUUCGCAUCUCGCUGGUGACAAAGAUCUCGCCGUACAAGCCUCAUCCCCACGAACUGGUUGGGAAAGACUGCAAACAUGGCUACUACGAAGCCGACCUGCAGGAGAGACGGAUACACAGUUUUCAGAACCUGGGCAUACAGUGUGUGAAGAAGAAGGAUGUGAACGAGGCCAUCACUUGUCGGCUGCAGACCAAUAACAACCCCUUUAACAUUCCUGAGCCCAAAGUGUGGGAGGAGGAGUUUGACCUGAAUUCAGUGCGGCUUUGCUUUCAGGCCUCUAUCACCCUGCCCGCGGGGGACCUAUUUCCUCUUGAGCCGGUGGUGUCUCAGCCCAUCUAUGACAACAGAGCUCCAAACACAGCCGAGUUAAAGAUCUGCAGAAUCAACCGUAACACUGGAUGCUGCAAAGGAGGGGACGAAAUCUUUUUGCUGUGUGACAAAGUGCAAAAAGAGGACAUUGAGGUGCGCUUCUUCCAGGACUCCUGGGAGGGGAAGGGCACUUUUUCCCAGGCUGAUGUCCACAGGCAGGUGGCGAUUGUUUUCCGGACUCCACCGUACCGUGACACUAACCUCAGCGAACCCGUUAGGGUCAAGAUGCAGCUUCGCCGGCCCUCUGAUCGCGAGGUCAGCGAGCCGGUGGACUUCCAGUACCUACCGUCUGAGCAAGAUGAAUAUCGGCUGAGUGAGAAGAGAAAGCGCACGGGAGACAUGUUCCAGAGCUUGAAGCUGGGGCCCAUGCUGUCCAGUGUGUCCAUUCCUCAAGACAGACGGCACAUAAACCCGGCUAGGAGACUGCCAACAGUGAAGCCUCCAUUAGUUGGCUUGCAGACAGGAACCCAGGCGCCCCCUGCUGCCAGCGGGUCGAAACCCCAGAACCCCUUCUCGUUAAACCAGCCGGGCCAUCUAUUCUCAGUCCAGCCAAAGAUAGAGACGGCCUCCUCCAUCUCUACAGCGACUUCAAGCCAAGCAUGGAAAAUCAUGGAGAGCCUGAAGCUGGGUCCUCAGCCCAAAGCCAACCCGGUGGCCAACUUUACAAUGAGUCAAGCAACGCCUCCAUCCUCCUCCUCCACCACCACCACCUCCACCACCCACCAGGAAUACUCAACCGUCAACCAAGCAGACCUUCAAGAAUUCUUCCCCAACAUUUCCAUGACUCCAGCCUCGGAGCCAGUGGCUGCUUCGGGAAGUGCAGCCUCAUCACAGAUCAGCAGCUCCUUCCCCCUGCAGGGCUCUCAGUUCCGGAUGGAUCCCCAACUCGGGGACGAGGACCUCCCAUCUUUCCCCAGCCUCCCAGAAAUGCCCUGUCAAGGCACUCUGGACAGCUUAAACAUGGAAGACUUUGAGGACCUUCUGAACCCUGUCCACGUGAGCGCUUCCAGUACUGCAUCCCAGAGCACCUCUGACCGUGCCAGUAACCCAGGAAGCACCUGGAUGAAUUACCCCAACAGCAUCGUCAACCUGCUCCAGAAUGAAAACAUGAUUGAACUUCCCAACUUCAGCAACCAGCCCCCCUAUUUGGAUGACAUCGACGAACUGAUGCAGGAAGAGGAACGCCUUAUUUCUAUCGUUACAGUGGAAGCCAAGCCGGGUUUGUGUCUGGACACCCAACCUAAAACUUGUCCACAUCAUUCAGUUUUUUUUUUGUUUUUUUUUUAACAAAGACCCCUUGUAUCUUUGCCCCUUUAGCUUUCAGAAUGGAAAUGCCUUUUUAAAUAGACAAAA